GUAAUCCAUGCUGAAGAGGCUCCAUUCAUACAGAUGAACCAAGGGUUGAGGCAGCACUUUAAACCCAGAUAGUCGGUCGGCUCACUGCCCAGCAGGAUGCCAUCAACCAGCCGAGCGGGCAGCCUGAAGGACCCCGAAAUUGCAGAGCUCUUCUUCAAAGAAGAUCCAGAAAAGCUCUUCACAGAUCUCCGAGAGAUUGGCCAUGGAAGCUUCGGAGCAGUUUAUUUUGCACGUGAUGUGCGCACCAAUGAAGUGGUGGCCAUCAAGAAAAUGUCAUAUAGUGGGAAGCAGUCCAAUGAGAAAUGGCAGGAUAUUAUAAAGGAAGUCAAGUUCCUCCAAAGAAUAAAACACCCAAACAGUAUAGAAUACAAAGGCUGCUAUUUGCGGGAGCACACAGCGUGGCUUGUUAUGGAAUAUUGUUUAGGAUCAGCAUCAGACUUACUAGAAGUUCAUAAAAAGCCAUUGCAAGAAGUGGAAAUAGCAGCAAUUACCCAUGGUGCUCUCCAGGGAUUAGCAUACUUGCAUUCUCACAAUAUGAUCCAUAGAGAUAUCAAGGCAGGAAACAUCCUGCUGACGGAGCCAGGACAGGUGAAACUUGCUGACUUUGGGUCUGCUUCCAUAGCAUCUCCUGCCAACUCAUUUGUGGGGACGCCAUAUUGGAUGGCCCCAGAAGUGAUUUUAGCCAUGGAUGAAGGGCAGUAUGAUGGCAAAGUAGAUGUUUGGUCUCUUGGAAUUACCUGUAUCGAGUUAGCGGAAAGGAAGCCUCCUUUGUUUAAUAUGAACGCAAUGAGUGCCUUAUAUCACAUAGCGCAGAAUGAAUCCCCCACACUACAGUCUAAUGAAUGGUCUGAUUAUUUUCGAAACUUCGUAGAUUCUUGCCUCCAGAAAAUUCCUCAAGACAGGCCUACAUCAGAGGAGCUUCUGAAGCACAUGUUUGUUCUUCGGGAGCGGCCCGAAACAGUGUUAAUAGACUUGAUUCAGAGAACAAAGGAUGCAGUGAGAGAACUGGACAACCUGCAGUAUCGUAAAAUGAAGAAGCUCCUCUUCCAGGAGGCACAUAAUGGCCCUGCAGUCGAAACACAAGAGGAGGAGGAGGAGCAAGAUCAUGGUGUCGGCAGGACAGGAACAGUGAAUAGUGUUGGAAGUAAUCAGUCCAUUCCUAGUAUGUCUAUCAGUGCCAGUAGCCAAAGCAGUAGUGUUAACAGUCUUCCAGAUGCCUCAGAUGAUAAGAGUGAGCUGGAUAUGAUGGAGGGGGACCACACCGUGAUGUCAAACAGCUCUGUCAUUCAUUUAAAGCCGGAGGAAGAAAACUACAGAGAGGAGUCAGAUCCUCGAACAAGGGCAUCAGAGCCCCAGUCUCCUCCCCAAGUAUCGCGCCACAAGUCUCAUUAUCGCAACCGAGAGCACUUUGCUACCAUACGCACAGCAUCGCUGGUGACAAGGCAAAUGCAGGAACAUGAACAGGACUCUGAGCUCCGAGAGCAGAUGUCAGGCUAUAAACGCAUGAGAAGGCAACACCAGAAGCAGCUGAUGGCCUUGGAGAACAAGCUGAAGGCAGAGAUGGACGAGCAUCGCCUCAGGUUGGACAAAGAUCUUGAAACACAGCGUAACAAUUUUGCAGCAGAAAUGGAAAAGCUAAUUAAAAAGCACCAAGCAGCCAUGGAAAAAGAGGCUAAAGUGAUGGCCAAUGAAGAAAAGAAGUUUCAACAGCAUAUUCAGGCCCAACAGAAAAAAGAAUUGAACAGUUUCCUGGAGUCCCAGAAGAGAGAAUAUAAACUCCGUAAAGAGCAGCUGAAAGAGGAGCUGAAUGAAAACCAGAGCACUCCAAAGAAGGAGAAGCAGGAGUGGCUCUCCAAGCAGAAGGAGAACAUCCAGCAUUUCCAAGCAGAGGAAGAAGCCAACUUACUGAGGCGUCAGAGGCAGUACUUGGAGCUGGAGUGUCGCCGCUUUAAGAGGCGGAUGCUCCUUGGCCGCCACAAUCUGGAGCAGGACCUGGUUCGAGAGGAGUUAAACAAGAGGCAGACCCAGAAGGACCUGGAGCAUGCCAUGCUGCUGCGCCAGCACGAGUCCAUGCAGGAGCUGGAGUUCCGCCAUCUCAGCACCAUCCAGAAGAUGCGCUGUGAGCUGAUCCGGCUCCAGCACCAGACCGAGCUCACCAACCAGCUGGAGUACAACAAGCGCCGGGAGCGGGAGCUGAGGCGGAAGCACGUCAUGGAGGUCCGGCAGCAGCCCAAAAGCCUGAAGUCUAAAGAACUACAGAUAAAGAAGCAGUUUCAGGAUACAUGCAAGAUCCAAACCAGACAGUACAAAGCACUGAGAAACCAUCUGCUGGAGACCACGCCAAAGAGUGAACAUAAAGCUGUCCUCAAACGGCUCAAGGAGGAGCAGACCCGGAAGCUGGCUAUCCUGGCUGAGCAGUAUGAUCACAGCAUUAAUGAAAUGCUCUCUACACAAGCUCUGCGUUUGGAUGAAGCGCAGGAAGCAGAGUGCCAGGUUUUGAAGAUGCAGCUGCAGCAAGAAUUGGAGCUGCUGAAUGCAUAUCAGAGUAAAAUCAAGAUGCAGGCAGAGGCCCAGCAUGAUCGGGAGCUGCGUGAUCUUGAACAGAGGGUGUCCCUCCGUCGGGCCCUCCUUGAGCAGAAGAUUGAGGAGGAGAUGCUGGCACUGCAGAACGAGCGCACCGAGCGGAUACGAAGCCUCCUGGAGCGUCAAGCUCGCGAGAUCGAAGCCUUUGACUCAGAGAGCAUGAGGCUGGGUUUUAGUAACAUGGUUCUUUCUAAUCUCUCCCCCGAGGCGUUCAGCCACAGCUACCCGGGAGCUUCUGGCUGGUCCCACAAUCCUACUGGGGGUGCAGGACCUCACUGGGGUCAUCCCAUGGGUGGCCCACCGCAAGCUUGGGGCCAUCCAAUGCAAGGUGGACCCCAGCCAUGGGGUCACCCCUCGGGGCCCAUGCAGGGGGUACCUCGAAGUAGUGCUAUAGGGGUCCGCAACAGCCCCCAGGCUCUGAGGCGGACAGCUUCUGGGGGACGGACGGAACAGGGCAUGAGCAGGAGCACAAGUGUUACUUCACAAAUAUCCAAUGGUUCACACAUGUCUUAUACAUAACUUAAACAAUAACUGAGGGUGGCAAUUCCACUGGAGCUGUCUGCCAGAAACUGCCUACAGACACCAGCCCAGCAGCCUCCUCAGUGUGGUGCUGACGUGUGGAAGCUGGGUGCACAUGGAAUAUUGUAUUCAUUUUGUAAAGCAUUACGUUUUGUGUUUACUAACUGGGAUGUCAUAGUAUUUGGCU